UGGCCUUGGGAUCAUGUCCAUUCACAUCGUGGCGCUGGGGAACGAGGGGGACUCCUUUCACCAGGACAAUCGGCCGUCGGGGCUCAUCCGCACUUACCUGGGGAGAAGCCCGCUGGUCUCAGGGGACGAAAGCAGCUUGUUGCUGAACGCGACCAGCACGGUCGCGCGUCCCGUGUUCACCGAGUAUCAGGCCAGCGCGUUUGGGAAUGUCAAGCUGGUGGUCCACGACUGUCCCGUCUGGGACAUUUUUGACAGUGAUUGGUACACGUCUCGAAAUCUAAUUGGGGGCGCCGACAUCAUUGUGAUCAAAUACAGUGUAAAUGACAAGUUUUCAUUCCACGAAGUGAAGGAUAAUUAUAUUCCAGUGAUAAAAAGAGCAUUAAAUUCAGUUCCAGUAAUCAUUGCUGCUGUCGGUACCAGACAAAAUGAAGAAUUACCUUGCACAUGCCCACUAUGUACCUCGGACAGAGGGAGCUGUGUCAGUACGACAGAAGGGAUCCAACUUGCUAAAGAGCUAGGAGCCACCUAUCUGGAACUGCACAGCCUUGACGACUUCUACAUAGGAAAAUAUUUUGGAGGCGUGUUGGAGUAUUUUAUGAUUCAAGCCUUAAAUCAGAAGACAAGUGAGAAAAUGAAGAAAAGAAAAAUGAGCAACUCAUUUCAUGGAAUUAGACCACCUCAGCUUGAACAACCAGAAAAAAUGCCCAUCUUAAAGGCUGAAGCAUCACAUUAUAACUCUGACUUAAAUAACUUGCUGUUUUGCUGCCAGUGUGUGGAUGUGGUAUUUUACAACCCAGACUUAAAGGAGGUUGUGGAGGCCCACAAGAUCGUGCUCUGUGCCGUAAGCCAUGUUUUCAUGCUGCUUUUCAAUGUGAAGAGCCCUGCUGAUAUUCAGGAUUCCAGUAUCAUCCGAACUACCCAGGAUCUCUUUGCUAUCAACAGAGACGCUGCACUUCCAGGUGCUAGCCAGGGUUCUCCAGGCAACCCACCAUUACGAGUCAUCGUUAAAGACGCCCUCUUCUGUUUGUGUUUAUCGGACAUUCUGCGCUUCAUUUAUUCAGGUGCUUUCCAGUGGGAAGAAUUGGAAGAAGAUAUCAGGAAGAAGUUGAAAGAUUCUGGGGAUGUUUCAAAUGUAAUUGAGAAAGUUAAAUGCAUUUUAAAAACACCAGGAAAGAUUAAUUGCCUAAGGAAUUGCAAAACCUAUCAAGCCAGAAAACCUCUGUGGUUUUAUAACACUUCUCUCAAGUUUUUCCUUAAUAAACCAAUGCUUGCUGAUGUUGUCUUUGAAAUACAAGGUACAACAGUGCCAGCCCACAGGGCCAUCCUGGUGGCCCGUUGUGAAGUGAUGGCAGCUAUGUUUAAUGGGAAUUACAUGGAAGCAAAGAGUGUUCUGAUUCCAGUUUAUGGUGUUUCCAAAGAGACUUUCUUGUCCUUUUUAGAAUACUUGUAUACAGACUCCUGUUGCCCAGCUGGCAUUUUCCAGGCCAUGUGUCUCCUGAUCUGUGCUGAGAUGUACCAAGUGUCCAGACUGCAGCACAUCUGUGAGCUGUUCAUCAUCACACAGCUGCAGAGCAUGCCGAGCAGGGAACUGGCAUCCAUGAACCUCGAUAUCGUCGAUCUGCUCAAAAAAGCCAAGUUUCACCACUCUGAUUGCCUUUCAACCUGGCUGCUUCAUUUCAUUGCCACUAACUACCUCAUCUUCAGUCAAAAGCCUGAAUUUCAGGAUCUUUCAGAAUUUGUCUACAAGGAGCUGGCAGAAAACAUCACAGGAGCGUCUACACAGUGACCAGGAGGCUGCCAAAAGCCUUUCCCCUGCUUGGCAGCCAGAACUGGAGUCGAGGCCCAACCCCCAGCUGAUGAACUGGAGAAACUGAAUGGCUCAAGAGAAAAACAUCCAGGAACUAACAGUUGUGGGAUCUGUACCUGAUCAUUCAUUCAUUCAUUCAUUCAUUCAUUUAAACACCUAACAGAUAUUUAUCAAAUGCUUACUUAUGUGCAGGUAGUCUUCUCAAUGCUGUAGAUAACUAUAGUAAAUAAACAUAGGCGUUCCUGGCCUCAAGGGGCUUACAUUUUAGUGGUGAAGACAGACAGUUAACAAAAUAAAUAAGUAGAGCAUACAAUACAUUAGGUGAUAAAUGCUAUAGAGAGAAAUAAGGGAAAGGUAGUAAAAUUUUUAAACAGUGACGUGGAACUUUGCUUAGAAGGUGAUAUUUAAACAAACACUAUGGUGAAACCCACCAGUUGACAAGCCCAAUCUAUGCACACAAAUCUUCCAGCCAGUUUUUGCUGUGUCAUUCUUAAAUAUUGACAGCCAGAUCUCAACUAUUUAAUACAUAACAUUGGAAAGCCUUCAAAUGUAAAGCAGGAAUAGAAAAUAGGGACUCAGAGGGAAGAGAGGAAAUAUAGGAAUCAGAAGACAGCUUUUUAAAAAGUCCAACUAUAAUUAAAAUCCUUUGAGAGAUAAAAGAAGUUAUUGUAUCUAUGAAACAAGAACAAGAAAAAAAAGGAAAGAACCAAAAACAGCUCUUGGAAAUGAAAAAAUCGUAGUUGGAAACACAAUCACAAUAACCUCAGAGAGAUAAGGUACUGCAUUUAUGAAACAAUUCUAUAAAAAGAGAUGUUCAGGUAAUACUGAAGGGCUAUUGGAAAUUAAAAACACGAAAUCAAAAAUUAAAAACUCAAUAGAAAAAUAAGAUAAAGAUAAGUAAAGUCCCUAGAGGAAAAAAUAUAACAAAAAUUAAAGGACAAGUCCAGGAAAGCCAAUGCCUGAUUGCUAAGAGUUCCAGAAAGAGAACAAGAAAAUGGAGGGGAGGAAAGUAUCCAUAAAAUAAUCCGAUAAAUUUUCCAGUGGGCCCUCCAAACCUCCAAGUAGCCCCCAUAAUAUGUGAAAUUACACCAUCGCCAUGGCACGUCACUGUGGUAUUUCAGAGCACAGGGCUCAAAGAGAAGAUUCUGUAAGCUUCCAGAAUAUAAAACAAACAAGAUAACCAAACAGGUCUUCUACAAAGGAUCAGGAAUCAGAAUGGCUUCAGGUUUCUUAACACCAACACUGAAAGCAAAAGACAAUGAGCAGUGUCUUCAAACUUCUGGAGGAAAAUGAUUUCUAAAUAAGAGCUAUAUCCAGAUGAACUGUCAUCAAAUAUGAGGGUAGAAUCACAGUAUUUUCAGAUAAGCAGGAUUCCCAAAAGUUUAUUUCUCAUUCUCUCUUAAUACCUACGGAGGCUACAUGGUCCUCUGCAAUGAAAAAGAAAGACACAAUCUGUGAGUUUUCCCCCAAUUUCUUUUGGAGUAGAUCUUCCUGAGUAUUAGUGGGGCAAGAGGCUUCCCAAGAGGGACACCAUUGUCUAGCCUGCCCUGCCGCUAAGUGCAGCCAUGAGCUAAGUUCUGGCCAAUGGGAUGUGAGCAGAAGUCGUGCAUACAAUCCCUGUGUUGAUGUGACUUCAUGAAGCAAAGCCACCUGCCUGCCUCUAGACUGUUAUGAGAAAAAUAAGUUUGUAUUACAA